AUGUUGAAACUCGGCGGUGGCGGUGGCGGGCAGGACUGGGCAUGCUCAGUGGCAGGGACAGGUCUGGGAGCCGAGGAGGCUGCAUUUGAAGUCGCGCGGCCAGGGGAUCAGGGGGAGGUGGGCGGCUGGGGGCGCGGCUGGGGGUGCACGGAGACCCCAGAUUCGGUGCCCAGGGCCAGCAUGCUCCAGGCAGGCGCGGCAGGGCUGGCGCACGGGGGGAAGGGCGCGGAGGAGGUGGGGGAGUCCGCGGGAGGAGGGGAGGAGCGCUGGGUUCGCCAUCCCCGGGCGCCGGCUCUGCGGCUGCUGAAUCGGAAGCCGCAGGGAGGAUCCGAGGAAAUAAAGACGACCGAGAAUGACCUCCAGGGAGGCCGCUUGAGUCAGGGCCCGCGCGCUGUCCCGCCAGCCCAGAGCAUGGGCGACCGCGGCGGGCAGCCGGAGCGCUCAGCCUCGCACUCCCCAGGGGCCCCCGCGGGCACCAGCGCAGCCCUGGUGAACGGGUUGUUGCACAACGGCUUCCACCCGUCUCCAGUCCAGCCGCCGCUCGUCUGCAGCCGGGGCCCCGCGGGCGGCGGCGACGCGGCUCCCCCACGCCUCCCGCUCCUGUCGGAGCUCCAGCCGCAGCCGCUGCUAGCUCAACAUGACUCUCCGGCCAAGAAAUGCCGGCUGCGGAGGAGGAUGGACUCCGGGAGGAAGAACAGGCCGCCAUUCCCGUGGUUCGGCAUGGAUAUUGGUGGAACUCUGGUUAAGUUGGUCUACUUUGAACCAAAGGAUAUUACAGCUGAAGAGGAACAAGAGGAAGUGGAGAACCUGAAGAGCAUCCGGAAGUAUUUGACUUCUAAUACAGCUUAUGGGAAAACCGGAAUCCGAGACGUCCACCUGGAACUGAAAAACCUGACCAUGUGUGGGCGCAAAGGGAACCUGCACUUCAUCCGCUUCCCCAGCUGUGCCAUGCACAGGUUCAUUCAGAUGGGCAGUGAGAAGAACUUCUCCAGCCUCCACACCACCCUCUGUGCCACAGGAGGCGGGGCCUUCAAAUUUGAAGAGGACUUCAGAAUGAUUGCUGACCUGCAGCUCCAUAAACUGGAUGAACUGGACUGUCUGAUUCAGGGCCUGCUUUACGUCGACUCCGUCGGCUUCAACGGCAAGCCAGAAUGUUACUAUUUUGAAAACCCCACAAAUCCUGAAUUGUGUCAAAAAAAGCCAUACUGCCUUGAUAACCCAUACCCUAUGUUGCUGGUUAACAUGGGCUCAGGUGUCAGCAUUCUAGCAGUGUACUCCAAGGACAACUAUAAAAGAGUUACAGGGACCAGUCUUGGAGGUGGAACAUUCCUAGGCCUAUGUUGCUUGCUGACUGGUUGUGAGACCUUUGAAGAAGCUCUGGAAAUGGCAGCUAAAGGCGACAGCACCAAUGUUGAUAAGCUGGUGAAGGACAUUUACGGAGGAGACUAUGAACGAUUUGGCCUUCAAGGAUCUGCUGUAGCAUCAAGCUUUGGCAACAUGAUGAGUAAAGAAAAGCGAGAUUCCAUCAGCAAGGAAGACCUCGCCCGGGCCACCUUGGUCACCAUCACCAACAACAUUGGCUCCAUUGCUCGGAUGUGUGCACUGAAUGAGAAUAUUGACAGAGUUGUGUUUGUUGGGAAUUUUCUCAGAAUCAAUAUGGUCUCCAUGAAGCUGCUAGCAUAUGCUAUGGAUUUUUGGUCCAAAGGACAGCUGAAGGCUCUGUUUUUGGAACAUGAGGGUUAUUUUGGAGCUGUUGGGGCACUAUUGGAACUGUUCAAAAUGACUGAUGACCAGUAGAGAUGAGCAGUAAAGGGAACAGCCUCCUGUGAGGACAGAGAACUGACAGGUACUGCUGGAGAAGGAGAAAAUCGCUGUGGGAUGGAAGCCAAGCCAUUAUGGCAGAGGAACCUGCUGGAUUUGUAAAUAAUCUAAAAUUCUUCUAGCUGAUCUUUGACUCUUAGGUUUUGAGCUUAUGAUUCAAACUGGGGAAUAUAAGAGUUUUUUCUGUAUAUUGUAUUUUUUAAAAAAAUAUUUGUGCAGUGUGGCCAAACCCACCAAUUUUAUGCAUUAACUUUGAAAAAUUGUACAGUGUCUAAAAAGGGCCUGAAAUGUAAGCGCUGUUCCUUUUUCUUCUGGGGUUUACUGAUCAGUGUGGUAAUUUUAACUUCAUUUAGUAAUUACUCUAGGAGAUUUUACCUUUACUUAUAUUUUUCAUGACAUUUCAUGAUUUGCUGUUGGUUUCAAAUGAAACUACAAAUCUGGCAUGUUUUACUGUGAACACUUUUUUGUUUUGUUUGUAUGCCUUUUUUUUUUUUUUUUUGUCUAUUCUGUUCCAAUGUCUUAUGAAAAAAAUGAGUCUCUCCCCAUUUUUGUUAUCAGCUGAUCUCCCUAUCGAGUACACAGUCUUUCUUUAAUGUAAUUGUUCAUAUCAAUCAAGGUGCUGACCAACUCAAUACAAAGUUAAACACAUAAUAUAAAGGUCUCAAAAGUGCCCACGAGGAGAAGACUCUAAAUGUGUUAAUGAAUUUUAAUGAGUGUGGCAAAAGUUGAAAAUGACAUGCAAUUUUAUCUUAUCCCUUAUAAAUAUAUGCU